UUCUAAAGUGACGUUGCUAGGUGGAGGUGCGGAGACAUUUUAACAAAGUUAAGGACAUCGUAAUAAGUUAUUGUAACAUGAAUUUUCCAGUUAUGGAAUAAAGCGUCAAGUUCAAGAAUUUCAUAAUUGAAUCUUGUGAGCUCUUUCCCCUCCACAAUGAACAGUCAGGCAAGGGUCAAUGGCAAUGGUGGAAAUAGCUCCAUUUCCAUGGCAGGUUUAUGGGCUCAGGAAGAGGGAGUGCCAGAGUUCAAGCUCUGGUCUUCUAACGGUCACGGUGAUCCCUAUGAACUCAGGAACUGUACACGGAAUAGCAUUUUGGGAAGGGAUUGCAUUGCCAAAUAUGAACUAGAGGAGGACGAGGAUGAUGACCUACAGGGUUUAGUGUCCAGUAUUUUGGACGAAGGUGAUGAUAAUGAGAGUGGAUUCUACAAAGUGGGAAAUACACCUAAUGUCAAUGGUAUUUGGAGUCCCAAGAGUUUGAGAGACGACGAUUUUCAGUAUUCCCAAUCAGAGGAAACAUUACCUAACUUUGUGAGGAGCAGUUUCAUUCAAUCUCAAGUGGAGUCCAAUAAUGAGUCGUUAUUCCAAAGGUUCAGUGGCAUUCCUGCUAAUCCAUACUGGCCCAUUUGCGUUCCUAAUGGAGAUGCAGAUGACUUAAACAGGCACCCUAAGAGGUCACCACCAGGUCUUCCAAUUCCCCAAAGGGGAAAACAGUUCCCACCACAGACAAGGCCGAGCAAGUAUGAUGUGUCAUCUAAUAUGCACCUGGCAUAUAAUUGCCCUGUUAAUGACCUUCCUCAAAUAAAUGGGGUCGCUCAGCUCCAAAACAAAAUGAGCAGACCAAAACGCGAUCUUAAUGAGAGUGCGAUGAGUGCAAAGCGCAUUGGUAAAAAUGCGCAGGAACACAUGAACCAACUGGUUAGUGGUUUGCAGUCUGUCUUGGCUGAUGAGUCUGAUCAAGGACGUUAUGGAUGUUUUCCAAGCAUGGAAGGAAAAACAGAAUACCCUGAAGACAGCAUACUUGAGCAUUGGAAAUUCCCUAGCCAGGCAAUGCCAAUGUUUCGUGAAAAACAGCUAGAGGGAGAGAUUUGGGGCCAAAAUGUGACACCAGUAUCUAAGCAUAACAAUCUCCAAGAAAUAUUCAUGAUGGUCAAUGAAAAUGCUGAGUAUUGUCCUCAAAAAUCUUUCUCAGGAACUUUAAAUCCCCCAAAGCAAUAUCAGUAUUUUAUAGAGAGGAAUCAGUACUUGAAUCCUCUCUCUGAUUAUAAGAUACAAUCACAGAUGCAGAAGGAAACCAAGAUGCGUGACAACUUAAGAGAGUGGCCGCAAACCACCGCUCGUGUGGCGGAGACAAAGUUGAGACCACACAUUGACCAACUGGGCAGCAUUGAGAGAUUUCAAGGAGAUAACAUCAUGGACAACUGGUUCAUACCUCCCGCUUACCUCGACAGUUACCCCAGACGGUUCACCCAGUUGCCCGUCAAGUCUCAGAAAGACACAAAUCUUCUCGGAAAGGGUCCUCCUGUCUUUACCCCAAUUGCUUGGAUGAAUGUAAAUGGAGGGGCGACGCCAUUGUACAGUCAUCUUAAGGGCUCUGAGACUCCCUCUGGAGGAGGCUGUUGUACAGACGGGGACUCUGCUCCUGCAACGUCACUGGACGAGAAUCUAGAGGGGUUUGUGACCCAGUUUUCCUUCUACCUGGAGGAAUGCUCAGAGCAAUUAGAGUACCUUGAAGGAGAGAGGAAGAAGAUAGGGGUACUCCUCGCCGUUUCAUAUCCCUGCGAAUGGACUCCACCACCCACCUUCUCAGUCGGACUACCGACCAAACCCGCGAGAGUUGACUGCCUCAUCGUUAAUCAGAGGAAGGAACAAGCCAACGUGGAAUGGCUUUUACACAAAAUGGAGCGCGUAUGCAAAGUACCUCUCCACACCAAUGUCCGCUUGGCGCUGAACAGUCAUCACCUGGCAUUAUCCUGCGUUCAGGUGAGACGCAGGGAAGAGCUUGCCAACUCGUCCAAGCAUCAGUGGCGUGGAGCUCCACUCAGAGAGGAUAGAGACUAUUUUCUGUCAGUCAUGGCCUUGAAGGAUCUGACCAUGACCACCAAAAAGCUCCGCACAGGCAUUUGGUGUGCUCUCCAGACGACUCUGCCCAUUCCCAUCCGAAGGCCAGAAGACCUCCCCGACGCCAGCAGGGAGGAAAUACACACUGAAAGCAGCCCCGAUCCUUUUACGCUGUAAUCUAGCAGGCAACAUGCAGUUCAGUUCAGAGGAAUUCACAUUCAAGUUAAUCAAUACGUAACACGCGUGCAGUAAAUGCUUAGAAAGUACAUGAACUAUGCAUAGUGUUUGGCAUCAUUAAUCAAGUUCCCUUAAUUAGACUUCAUCUUUAACAAAGUGCUAUUUAAAUUAUUUAUGAUUUCUUGAAACUAUUUAUUGGUUCUUUAAGUCUGAACAAUUCCAAUAUACUACAAUUUGAAUCAAUUAGUUUCUAAAUACUCCAGCAAGUAUGCAUUUUUGCUUUAGUUGGAAGUUAAGUCCCCAAAAAAUGAUUAUUUAAAAAAAAAAAAAAAAAAUCUUAGUUGUCGAAGAAUUAAGUUAUUUAAAAUACUAAUGAAAUCCUUUCAUCACAGAAAACUUAGCAAAGUUAAGACAUGCAGUAUUCAGGAUUUGCUUGAUAAUUAUACUAUAAAUUGCUUUAACUUAAUGGCGACGUACUUGUUCUGUUGCCCCAAGUCAGCAUAUUUUGCCAAUUUAGCACAGUUUUAUCUUAUCUUACCUAAGAUAGAAACCUUUUUCUUGGAUAGUUGCAACUGUUAUGAACUAAAAACAACAUUUUAAAUGUUGCUUUCUCAGUAUUUGGAUCGUUCCGGUCCUUGUUGUAUUUUAUUACUGAUCAUAAUGUUCAUGAAGUAUUCUCCAAAUUGUACGUUUGUACAACUGAAAUGUUAUUAAAAAGAAGUCCUGAAUUAAAAGCAAUUGAAAUCACUCCAAAAGUUUAUUAAGCUUUAAAAAGAUAUUUUAUACCAAUACAUCGUUUGUUUGUUCUUAAUCUGGGUCAGUUUUGAUAACACAAGGCUGAAUGAGUUCAACCAAAGUUGAAUACAUUUCAUGUUUCAGUGCUCAUACACAAUGUGUUUCCUUGUCGCGCACAACGAAGUGUCCUUUCUCCUGCUUUUAUCUUUUGCGUUCUCCCUUUUGCGUGCGCUUUUUCUCUUUCUCCUUCCUUUCUUGUUUGGCCAGUUUGUCCUUUUCCCGCUGCAUCUUGUCCAUUUCCUUCUUCUUCUGGGCGUCUUCGCGGGCCUGUUCCCGCUUUUGCUUUUGCCUGUUCAGGACCUCUUCCACAUUAGUGUUCUUGAACAUGGCUGAUGCAGC